ACAUUAAAAUCAUCUUGCAGGAAAAAAUCUGAUGUAUUCAAAGUGAGAUAUUUCAAUAGUGAACAUACUUGUCCGAUGCGGGAUAGGAUACUAACAAAAGUACAAGCAACAAUUGGAUUUAUUAGUGGUGUGACUGCCCCUAAAUUGGUAAAUCAUAAAAGAAUCCAUACACCUCGGGAUGUAAUUGAAGAUAUUAGAGAAUUGUAUGGGGUUGAGAUAUCGUACCAACAAGCAUGGCGUGCUAGAGAACGUGCACUAGAAAUGCUCAAGGGUAAGCCAUCAGAAGGAUAUAAACAGAUGCCGAGAUACAUAUGGAUGCUAAAUAAAGUGUAUCCAAAUUCAUAUAUAAGGAUGCAAAAGACGGAAGAUAAUAAAUUCAUGUAUCUGUUCAUAGCCCUAAGACCGUUGAUAAGAGGGUUCGACUACUGCAGGCCUGUAGUUGUAGUGGACGCUGCACAUCUUGGCGGGGCUUACAAGGGUACUUUUGUAUCAGCAAGCACACUCGAUGGUGCAGGAUGCAUAUUGCCAUUGGCAUAUGGUGUUGUAGACACUGAAAAUGACUGUUCGUGGACAUGGUUCUUCGAAAAUUUCAAAAAUGCAUUUGGUGAGCGUGAAAACAUGUGUAUUGUAUCGGAUAGAAAUGAAAGUAUCAUAAAGAGUGUAAGCAUUGUAUACCCAAACGUACCUCAUUGUGCAUGCAUAUGGCAUCUUUGGAAGAAUGUAUGUUCAAGCUUCAAAAGGAGUAAAAAAACACUAAGUGAUAUAUUUUACUCAAUGGCAAAAGCAUACAGGAAGGAAGAUUUUGAUAAAUUAAUGGCUAAGGUUGUGAAGGUUGAUCAUAGGGUGAAGGAUUACCUUGAAGAAGCUGGUUAUGAGAAGUGGUCAAGAGUUCAUUCAACCAUAAACAGAGGUAGAAUGAUGACUUCGAACAUCGCUGAGUGUAUCAAUGGAUGCCUUGUCGAUGCACGUAAGUUAACUAUAAUAGACUUCUUGGAGGAAGCUAGACUUUUAUUUGGUAGUUGGAACUAUAAAAAUAGAGAAAUAGCGUCAUAUACAAAGGACACAUUGGGCCGAAGAUUUGAGGAGAUAUUGAUUGUAAACGCAUCUAAAAGUUCAAAGAUGAAGGUUGUUCCAUCAUCUGAAUAUAUUUUCACAGUUCAUGAAGCCGGAAAAAGAUACAUUGUAUGCCUUGAGAGGAAAACUUGCACAUGUGGAAGGUUUCAACAUGAUGAGAUACCUUGCGCACACGCAAUUGCAGUUUUGAAGCACAAGAAUGUUACCAAUUUGCACCCAUAUUGCUCUGAUUACUACAAGCCGUAUGCAUUAGAAAAAACGUACGAGGUUGUAAUGGUUCCAAUGCCAGAUAAGGAUGACUGGAACGUUCCAGAAUAUGUUUUAGAUGAAAUUGUCCGGCCACCUAGGUACAGAAGGUUGGCUGGACGACCAAGAAAGCGAAGAAAGAAAAAUGCGGAUGAGAAAAUAACAGUGAACAAUAAUUGUUGUGGGCAGUGUGGACAAGAAGGACAUAACAGGAGAACUUGUACUUUCUUCCCGAAAGAGGAUUGAAAGAAUGUUUUAAAAUAGGACAUUAGUGUUCAUGGUACUUCUAUCUAUUUUUUUCUUUAUAAUUUUGACUAAAUAAAGUGUAUUGGUUACACAACUUAAUUUGAUGUUCAAAUA